UUAUGAAGAAAGCUUUUAAAGUAACUCAGAAGAGUAAUCCCAUCACCUCGAAAAAUCUGCAUGAAAUCCCUUUUGAUGUAGUUAAGAUAGCUGAUCUGGAAAAGGUAAAGAAUCAGAUUGAUAGCAUGAAGAAGGAUAUCUACACUCAAAUGGAAUUUAAGGAGACUGAGCUUAAUAACAUUAGAUUUGAGAUGACUCAUCUUCGGAAUACCUUGGUCGAUAAGGCAGAUAAGACUUCCGUUGCUAAUAUCAACAAGCGGUUUUUGGAAUUCGUUCCAUAUCUGGAGUUUCAUGCAAUGGGCAAAUCUCUUGGAAAUUACUGCUCUACAGAAGCUCAUAAGUUGCUCCAAGAGGAUGUAGAACGAGUCAAGCAAGGGCUUGGCCAGUAUGAGCUCAUCAGCCAAGUUGAUAAUAAGAUCAAAUAAGUUGCAAGAGGAAAUAGCCAACAAACUUACUUUUUAUACUUUCAAAGAGGACUUCGCCCAGAAAGAUAGGUACUUGCAGGAGAAAUUUAUGAAGAUUAAUGUUGAUAUCACUCGAAAUGAACAAGCUUUGAUAGACAUCAAUUCAAUCAAACUUCCAGCGAUUAUUCAGGUUAUGGACGAGAAAAUUGAUAUGAAAGACCUAAAUCUAGAGCUUGGCAGGCUAAAUUCUCGCCUCGAUCAAUUUGCUAUCAAAAAUGAGGUGAAUACCAUUCGAAACGAGUUAGAAGCCUUCCAAUAAGCGUGGCAGACCACUGCUUGAUUAA